AUGGGUAGACCGAGAGCGUCUGAGGCUGAUCCGCUUCGGAAGGCGAAGCGUGGUCGACCGAGUAAGCACAAGCGUGAUGAACACGUUGUAGUACAUACUGGUUUCGAUGGACACGCUAAUGCCCCUUGGCGUAAGACUGUGUCCAUCUUUAAGCAGCCGGUAACUCUUGUGCACACAUCCGGACGUGACACAAAGAAAGGAACCGAGCAACAACUAAAGCGAGGACUUGUUGGUUCACGUUCUCAGGAGAAGCCUGCGCCGGUAAUGUGGGCAAAAGCUUUGGAGAACGUUCAAGCCUUGAUACCUACAGCUGUAGCAGACAAGCUGCUUGUCGCGCCAAACCGCAGGACCAACAAAGAAAAAUUGGAAAGUAAUUUGAUGCUGCACGUCAAUCCGGACCAACCCAUACUUCGACCAGUCACUGUUCAACCGGAAGACAUCUCAGCUCAGGAAAGGCGUGUUUUGGAUGCUCGAAAACGACUUCAGGAAGUGAUUAAACAUUUUGGCUGA